AUAAUCAUGGCGACACUGCCAACAAGGCACCUUCGAUCGAUGGUUUGCUGUCAAAAGUUUUUUACUGAAAACUUACAAAAAUUCUUGUAAGGACGCAAUUUCGUCAAUAGUUUUAUGCCCGUAUCGUUUAUCAUAAACAAAAAUAGUAAACUUCCAUAGUAAUGUAUAUCAACAAAUGUAAUACAAAAGUGAAAGUGUUUUGAGUUAUUUUCCAUAUUGUGAUUGCGACGAAGCCGUUUGUGAUAGUAGCUCUAGUUUAGAUGUAAAAUUGCGAAUGUUACGUAAGUGGUAGCGAGACGAUGUCGUGGAUGAAGCGACCCCCGGGCGGGGCGGCGCCGCCCGCGCCGGACCAGCAGUUCGCAGCUCCCCAGGCAUAUGGAAAUCAACCUAACAUGUAUCCCAACUAUCAUGGAGCGCCGGGUGUUCAGCAGCAGCAGAUGUGGCCGAUGCCGCAACAACAGCAGCAGCCUCAGUAUGGUCAACAGCAGUACGGUCAGACCUAUCAGCAGCAGAACUACAACAAUGGCACCAAUCAGUUCUAUCAAGGGGCUGCACCUGUUAACCAAAACUACACAAAUCAGAAUUACGAGAAUACUCAGCAGGGCUACCAGCAAAACUACUACCAUAACCAACCCCAAAUGCAACAGAAUAUAGGUCAGAGCGAGGGGGGAACGGAGGGCUGGGAAGACAACUGGGGUUGGGGCUGGGAAGAAUCAUCCAAACAAAAUCUAAAACUUAACCAGGUUCCCUCUCAACCUCAGCCAGUAGAUAACGCUAACAUCAUAGAGGAGAGCUUUGCUCCAUCCAACAAUUGGAAUUGGUCUAUGGAAGAAAAGACCGAGAGCAGGGAACUGGCCUCAGAUAGAGGAAAUCACAACCGAGCAAUUCCUCCAGUAGACAUCCCUGAUAAACAAACAGUGCAAAACACAAAACUAGCCAAUAAUUCUACAACUAGUAAUACUGAAAACCUAGAUGUUAGAAAUUUAAGUGACAGAGAUGCCGUAAAAGAAUUACCAAAUUUGGCAGCGGGAAAACGUUUCCAUUUGGAAAAUCUAACACCACAAUGGUCUAUAGAGUCGCAGAUGUCGCAAGACUCUAGCGAUGGACCCACACAAUCAGAUGGGAAGUAUAGAAGUGAAAAUCCAUCGAGGAAUUCUUCAAAGGAUAGCCCAGGACCGACGACUGACAGUUCAAACUUUCAAUACUCACAAGCCAGUUACAAUGAAGUAGAGUUAAGCAACAAUGAAUGGUCCAAUAACUCCAAUGAAGAAGUAUCAGGAGCUAACAAAACUAGCAACAGAAGAAAAGAAAGUCACGACGAACUUUUAAAUUCUAUGCAAGAGAUGAACCUGGGCAACCACGAGCUGCCUCCCAAGAACAGUCAGGUUCCAUCAGGAUCCUACUCGAGUAUGUCAUCACUAUCCACAAACUCUCUUGUGACUGAGCAGUCCCAAUCCCACAGCGACAAUGUCGUGGCUAGUUCGGCGGCCGCCGUGCUUCCCCCGCCACCGCCAGCCAGUAGUGUCUCCCAACCUGUCCAGCCCCCAACUUCGAACUUACCUCCAUCGGCUUCCCCCGCGCCCCCUCCUGUCGCGCAACAACCCGUGUCCAGCGCACCCCUCCCGCCGCCCGUCGGAUUUCCGCCCAGUGGGUCGCAAAAUCCGUUCAAACACGCCGGGGCGUUCUCCCACAAGACCGCCGCUAAAGCUCCUCUCUCGAGCUCCACGGGACUCCCCUUCCCCAUUCAAGGCGUCCCCCUAUCCUCCCCGAGCGUCGUCAACCAAUUCGUGCAGCAGGACAACCAUCCGGGGGGCUUUGGGGCGAACCUGGAGACCACGCCCGACAACUCUGAGAGACCCGAUCAGCCCCCGAUUCCCGGGUACAGGAGCGUCGGCGGCGCCCCACAGCUACCCGAUAACAUGGAGAUCGCGCCACAAAACGAUAGGAACGAGUACCUGCAAACCGCGCACCUGUCCGGCGGCGACUACGGGGAGAACACGGACUUCAGCCGCGCCAUGCCGCCGCCCGCCGGCAUCCGGCGGAUGGGCGUCGGCCAGCAGGACGUCGAGUACCCCCAGAGCCUAAACGUGUCGGGUGACGAGCCCCCGCCCGGCCUCGCGCGCAUGGUGCCGGGCCAGCAGACCGAGGUCGACGAUCCGUACCGGCCGGCCGACUUCAUGGACCGGCAGAUCGACGGCCGGCCCACCGACGCUGCUGGGCGGCCGGACCGGCGCGCCGACGGCCAGCAGACGCAGGACGACUACAACCUGGCGGCGACGCGCGGCGCUGACCGCCGGCCUAUCGGCCUCGACCGUAUGGUGCCCGGCGAGCCCAGCAACGACGAGUACAACCAGUACCAGAGCGCGAGCUACGGCGCCAGCGAGCAGCGCGUCGUCCCGGGCGUCGACUGCGACUUCCCCGGCGGCGUCGACGCGCCCCCCAACAUUCGGGAGCAGAACCUCGACGGGUCCGACUACUCGGAGCAGGCCGGGCGCGGCGCCGGCCGGAGCGCGAUCGGCGCGCGGGAGGCUGCAGGCGACGCCCCCGUGCCGGACUUCACCCCGGCCCUCGAAGACCAGCAGAGGGAGGUCACCGUGGAGGGGGAGAACCUGCAGGACCUGAACGUCGCGCCCGGCGGCGAGUCGGUCACCGCCGUGGCUGCAGACUCGCACAAGGACAGCGACCGCGCCGAGUCUAUCGAGUUCCCCCGAAGCGACUCCCGCAAGCACUCCCUGAACCGCGUCACCUCGGGGGAGGACUCCGAGAGGGACAGGACGUACAAGUCUUCGCCGAGGAAGGACCGCGACAAGCACAAGGCGCGGGAUCACGACCGGGACAAGGAGGGGCGGUACUCGCGGGGGGACAGGAAGGAGCGGGACGGCGAGCGGCGGUCGGGCCGCGACGACCGGCGCCCGGACAAGGAGCGCCGCGACCGCGACCGCCGCGACGACAGCCCCGACGGCCGCCGCCACAAGCGCAGCUCGCGCAGCCACCGCUACGAGACCGAGGACACAGACUACUACAGCGAUCGGGAGAGGGAGCGAAGACGGUACCGAGAGGGCUCGUACACCUCUUCGAAGCCGCCGCGGCCGGACGACAAGGAGAGGAGAUACGAUGACCGCGGGCGGCGGUACAACACGAUAGAGCGGGACAGACGAUACGAUGACGAGCGAGACAGGCGGCGCGGCGAGCGGCGCGACCGCUUCGAGCGCCGCUACCGCGACAUCGACCCGCGGAAAUACAACGUGCGCCGCGAAGACGACGACAGGAAGAAAGUGACGUUCUGUGGCGACACAAAAAGUGCUAGUACCGAGGACGAAGACGGCACAUACUCCCCGGGUUCGCGGCCCGGGUCGCGCGAGGCGGCGGUGACGGACGAGGACGAGCCGCGCCGUCGCCGCGACACGCGCCGCAGACCGCGCGACUCCCGCGACCCCCGCGACCCCCGCGACCCCCGCGACCCACGCGACCCACGCGACCCACGCGACACACGAGAUGCUGGACAUCAUUAUUAUGACGUGGGUUACGGCGUGCACGGCGACGAGUACGCGACGCGGCGGCAGUACGAGUACUACGAGCGGCUGCGGCUGGCCGACCCCGCCGCCUACAUGCGCCUCUACAAGCAGCUCACCGACCCCGCAUACGCCAAGUACUAUGCUGAUGCAGGAUACGCGGCAGGUGGUCGGUACGACGUGCGUGCUGACGACCGCGGCAGCGUGCACUCCGGCCGCUCCAGCGCCAACGGUCUCAAGCACACUGACACGUACGGCGGCUGGCGGGCGGAGCUGUCCGAGCUGCGCGGCGCUCCUUCGCUUCGGACUGACAUCUCGGACAGGGAGCUGACGACGGACAUGUCGCUGAACCUGCAGCUGGAGGAGUCGACGGUGCGCUCCGAGCGGAUGACGCCGUUCAAGUUCGUCACGUCGCAUGUCAAGGGCUGCGUCGGCGCGCGGUCGCUGGUGGUGUGUCGCGGCGGCGGCGUGGCGGUGCUGUCGCUGUCGGCGGCGCUGCGACACGACCCCGCCGCCAUGGAGCUCGCCGCCUUCCCCGGACCGCUCGUCAAGGGUGUGAGCCACAAGAGCCGCGUGGUGCAGUACUGCGAGUCCCGCGCGGGCGAGGCGGGAAGCGCGGGGGGCGUGUGGGGGGGCGGCGACGCGGCGGGGCGGGCGCUCGUGUGGCGGCUGCUGGCGCUGCUGCUGCGGCAGAACGGCGUCGUCGUCGGCGGCGACAUCGCCGAGCUGCUCAUGAAGCACACACACGACUUCCCAUACAAGCCGCCUGCCCACGCGCACGAGACGCGUCGGGAGUCGUCGGCGUCGCGCGCUAGCCGGGACGACGCCGCGUCGCCGCCGCUCGCUGAUGACGGUGUGGAGCGCGAGACGCAACGGGGGGUGGACGAGCGCGCCGCCAUAGACCGCCUGCGCGAGCUGCUACUGUACGGCAACAGGCAGGAGGCCAUCGAGUGGGCGAUGAGCUGCGGUCUGUGGGGCCACGCGCUGCAGCUGGCGGCGGACCGGCGCGCGCGCGCGGCCGUCGCGGCGCGGUUCGUGGCCGCGCUGCCACCCGCCGACCCCCUGCACACCCUGUACCACACGCUCGCCGCGCGCGCCCCGCCCGCCGCCACCGCCGUGCUCGACGAGGCCUGGGGCGACUGGCGCCCGCACGCCGCCGUCAUCCUCGCCAACGCCUCCGCCCGCCCCGACCACGACCGCCGCGCGCUGCUGCAGCUCGGCGACUCGCUGGGCGCGCGCGGCCUGCCCUACUCCGCGCAGUUCUGCUACCUGGCGGCCGGCGAGCAGCCCGCGCGCCACCCGCUAGCGCCGCUCGUCGCCGCCGAGCCCGCCGCGCCGCGCCCGCGCCUCUCGCUCCUGCUGGCCGACCCGCGCGCCCCGACGCUCGCGCGCCACGCCACCGCCGACGCGCUGCACGCCACCGAGGUGUACGAGUACGCGCUGUCGCUGUCGCGGGACUUCGUGCUGCAGGAGCUGGUGCCAUACAAGCUGCUGCAGGCGGUGCGGCUCGUCGACGCCGGGCUGAGCGAGCGCGCGCUCGGCUACUGCGAGCGGGCGGCGCGCGCGUUGGCGGCGGCCCCGCACGCGCACUCGGCCGCGCUGGCCGGCGCCGUGGCCGCGCUCGCCGACCGCCUGCAACACCUCGACCCCGCGCUCGCCGACGACGACGCCGACCCCGACGACGACGGGGCCGACUCCUCCCCGCGCCGCGAGCGCCGCUGGCUGCGCGACGUGCACGACCUGGCCGCCGCGCUGCGGGCCGACUCGCAGGCCGGAACACCGCAGCACGCGCCCGCCCCACAACCACACGACGCCUCCCAGUGGGCGGACCAGACGCUUCAACAAACGCCGCCCGCCGCGUUCCCCGACCCGGUGGAGGAGGCGCCGGACUACGCGGCGCAGUACCACAUGCAGCAGAUGCAGCAGCAGCACGAGCAGCACCAGCAGCACCACCAGCAGCUAGAGGAGCAGCAGCAGCAGCAUCAGCCCCAGCAGCACGAGUCGCAGUACGCCGACGACUGGCAGCGGCCCGACGACUCGGCGCAGGCCUACGCCGACCCCUACUGGGCGCCCGACUCCACCUACCAGUACAGCGAGCCUUCGGCGUGGGCGGGAGACGCGGCGCCGCCCACCAUCACGAUGCCGGGCGCCUCCUCCGCCCGCCCCGCCCGCCCCGCGCUGUACGAUGACUACGACGACACGCCCAACGGUGAACAGGCCGCGGAGCGCGACACGGACUCGCCGAAGCCCGCCGCGAAGGAGUCGAAGGGCGACGAUAAGGGCAAGGGCGGCGAGGGCAAGGGCGGCGGCUGGCUGGGCGGCUUCCUCAACAAGCUGUCCCUGCGCGCGCCCAACCAGAUGAUCCUGCCCGAUGACAAGAACCCCACCAUCGUGUGGGACGAGACGAACAAGUGUUGGCGCGACACGGCCGCUCCCGCCGACGCGCCGCCCGCCGCCCCGCCCGCGCCGCCGCCCUCGCAGCCCAGAGGCACGUCGACGCCGCUGCAGUCGCCGGGCGCGCCGCCACCCGCCGGCAACCUGUUCCAGCUACAGAAGAAGAAUAUCAAGAAGGCGUACGUGAACGUGUUGGGCGGUAGCGGCGCGACGCGGCCCGCGCCCGCCGGCCCCGCCCCCGCGCCGCUCGCCGCGCCGCCGCAGUUCUUCGUACCGCCGCCCGUACCCAUGCAGGACGCGGAAAACAUCACAAACGGACACUAGUCAGCCGGAGAUGUACGACCCAACGCAGAUGGGCGACGGGGACUACCGCGGCGGCAUGUAAUGACCGGACACCGGACACUCGGCUUCGACAAUUGACUUCAACGCAGUCCUACAAGGAUCUUUUGACGCUUGCAUGACAUUGACAGUAACGUGAAGAAGAAGAAGAAGAACUGACAGUUUACCGAGAUGGUGGCUAGUUCUCAUUUUAAGCGCUAAAAGAGCAUUGUGGCACUGCACAUCGCUGCUGUAAUUUAAUUUUAAAGAUGACAUGUAUAAUAUAAGACCGAGCGUCGUUCACCGCGGGACGGAGAAGUGUAUAGCGCCGUCCCUCUCGGAUGCAGCCGUCUCUCUGUCGCGAUGGCCGUCGUUCGCGCGGACUGUACAGAAGUACUCAUGGAUUGUUAUGUUUAGUUGUUUAUUAUUCUCUAGUUUCGUUUGUGAUUAGUAAUCUGUCCACCGCAGCACUGUGGUCUAUAUUCUGUUAAGUUUUCACGUCUAUGAUCUAUCGCGUUGCUUUAGGCCUCGUUCGCACGAACUGUUCUUAAAACAUGACCAUAUAAAAUUCGUGACUGUAUAUAAUAUAUAUGUUUACUUGAACGUUACUUAUAACGUUAAGUUUCAGAUAAAUGAUAAUAAUAUGUGCUACUACUUUACAGUUCUGUCUGUUGAGUGCUAUCUUCCGCUUUUGAUCGUGGGUUAAAAAGUUGUCGUGCGUACGAGGCUCUAGUGUAGUUUGAAUGUACAUUCCUUUGUAUGUAUCUCUUUCGCUUCGUUUCGUUUUCGGGUCACCACUCACCGCAGAUAUACAAUCUUACAACUCAAUUGCGCAGUUUCACAAUUUAAUUGGACAAUUUUUUUACUGUGGGUAAUCGGAAAGGAAUCGCGUCUUUGAU